GUUCACCUGUGUUCUCAUCAGGCUGCUGAGCGCCAGCAGUGACAUGUUUGUCAGUGCUUUUUCUGUGCUGAUAAAGCAGGAGGGUAGCAUGGACACCAGCUGCUGCAGGUAAAGGCAGGUUUAUUGUGAGCCAGACACAGCCGGUGAGCCUAACAUUACACGAUGAACAGGAUGGGACUAGCACCGAACCUAAAUUACUCCCACAUUCAGCAAUGAGAAGUGGAUUGGGGGCCGAUGGGAAAGUGAGGCCGAACAGUAAAGACAAUACCUGAUCCAUCUCACCUUGUGGAAGACUGAAGCAAACGGAAAUCCAUGUGAGCAGGUGCUGGGAGACAUUGCGGUGAUUAAUUGGGAGUCCGACAGCCUGUCCAGGCAGCUCUGUGGAAACAACAGGAUGUGUGUGUUGAUCAGUUGUCUCAAGGCCUGGGUCACUCACCGGCUCUCUAGAAACAAUGAGAUGUGGCUGCGGAUAAUAUGUAGGAGGCCACAUACCCGGAUGAUAUCCCUGAUGCUCCUCAGCUUCUGUUACAUGAUCAUGCUCCUUCCUUCCUACUACCACAAAGCAGAUACCUUGAAGUCCUAUACCAUGGCGCCCAGCAGGAUUGCGAGGCUCCAUAACCAAACAGCGCAGAUACUAGCACAGCGUUGCAGGCCAAACUCAAGCCAAGUGAAGCUCUAUGCCCGGUACCCCACCAAGCGCCUGAUGCAGGUGCCUGUGUUUGUGGAGGAGAGGGGGCUUCCUGGGUCCCAGGACACACUGCCCUACAAGCCACCGUAUGGGUUUCAGGGGUGUGAGGAGCAACUGCAAGAGAUCCUGAGCAUGUUGCCGGAAACUGGCCUUCCGGAGAGGUUGGGGCCAGUGGGAUGCAGGAGGUGCGUUGUGGUGGGCAACGGAGGCAUCCUGAUCGGGAGCAAGCUCGGGCCUUACAUUGAUCAGCACCACAUUGUUAUCAGGAUGAACAACGGGCCUGUGGUGGGUUACGAGCAGGAUGUGGGCUCAAAGACCACCUUGCGGAUCACUUACCCGGAGGGGGCUUCAAAGACUCCCAUAGACUAUGAUCCUAAAUCACUAUUCGUGGCAGUGAUUUAUAAGAGCGCAGACUUUGCUUGGCUCAAAGCGGUGGUCAGUAAGAAGCCAAUGACCUUUGCGGAGAAGUUGUGGUUUUGGCAAUCUGUGGUGGAGUCCAUCCCCCUGAAGGUGGAGAAUUUCCGGAUUUUUAACUUGGAUAUCAUUCGGGAAACAGCACUCAACUUCCUGAGCUACCCAGAUCCCCACAGCAGCCAAUGGAAAUGGAUGAAACACCCGACGUUGGGUGUGACGUCCAUCAUCACAGCGCUGCACCUGUGUGACGAGGUAAACAUGGCUGGGUUUGGCUAUGACAUGAACCAGCUGCACCUUCCCAUGCACUACUACGAGACGGUGAGCAUGGCCGCCAUGAAUGCUCAGGCCAUGCACGACAUCAGUCUGGAGAAGCUCUUCCUGCUGUCCCUGGUUACCUCUGGAGUGGUGAACGAUCUGACCGGCGGAAUCAACUGACAGGACCUCCUGACCAUCUGCUCCUAAUCUCACCAGUGUUAUGAAAGGGCAGGAAGGACAGGGACAAUCGCCUUCUCAGGUCCAUUGCGUCACCAAUGAAUGAAGGCAGGGUGCGGCAAUUCCCUCGCACCUGCCCAUUUGUAUCUUAUACCAAAGCAGCUAACAACAUUGCUCCUUCCUCCUGCCAUGUUUGUUAGUAAUUUGAUCAAGCCAGGACACAAGAGAGAGAGAGAGUAGAGCAGAGCUCGUUCCUGUAAAAUGAUGUCUUUCCAGCGGGUGCACCUGGCUCCACACACGCCCCUCACGGUUUGAGAUGGAUGGAAUCAGGGAGGGCCGGUGGAUUCAGACUGAGACUACAAUGGGAGCUCAGACUGUGUAUUGAGCAACUCUCACAAUAUAAUCAGAUGGUUAUAAGCAGCGUUUGUUCUCUGCCUUUUCUUGAAUACAAAGGGAACCCAAAGUCUCCUCAGGAGUAUUAAAGCAAUUUACCGCUAAUCAAAUCCCUGCUAGAAGGCGGCUUGGCUCUCGCCUCUAGAUCAGAAGGUUGCAACUUCAAGCUCCACGUCGGGAGUUGAACUCAGUCUGGAGCUGACACAGCAGCACAGCAGUUGGGAAAGCACUGCAUCAUCAGAGAAACCAUCCUUUGAAUAGGCCAAAACCCUGUCUUGCUGUUCAGGUGGAUAUUAAAGAUCUAAUGGAAUAAGAGCAAGGUUUUAUACCAGGCAACAAUCCUCAGGCUGGGGCAUAGCCUUGGGAACCAAAGCUAAAUGUAUUUAUCUUUCCUGCUUAUUUGGUCCAUUUGAGUUAUUUUUAAAUCAUUUAUAAUUAAACCAAAAGAAAUAAGAGGCAGCAGCACAUCACAAGGCCGAGGAUCACACGGGCUCCAAAAUCAGUGACGCACUGAUCAAGUUUAAAAACUAUAAUUUCAUUUUGCUGUAAAAUUAAAUUAUUCUUAAAUAUGAUGGGAGUUUCUGUGACUCCACUUUGGCAGAAUGUUUCCUCUAAUUGUAAGAGCACUAGCCUCACAGGCGAGUCAACUCAAGUUUGAUUCCUGGCAGGGUGAAUCGUUGGGCAAGUUUCUUUACUCCACA